CUUCACGCCAUCAAGCCGCUGACGACUUGGGCGCACUGGUUGUGUAUCCACACGAAUUUGCAGAAGGGUCCAAGUUUGCAACCGGGAUUUUGGGACGGGAACGGCUGAACGGCUCGGUCGCGGGCCGAAGCUGCCACCUGCCGUGCUACCGAACAGAGCCGCGGAGUGUCAUCCGAAUACGCUGAUUCGACGGCCCGCAGAUGUUGAUGUUUCACAACGAAAAUGACAUUGAAGGUGUAACACGCCUCGAGCUAUAAUCUGAUCUUCCUAGACCUCUUCACCAAUAGGGGAAUGCGGUAUUGUUUUAGGGCAAAGCAGUCGUCUGGGCUGAGUGAUCUGAUGAUUCUGAUCUACGGAUUCGGAUACGAGUACUUCGUACGCGUAUCCAAUAUUCAUGUCACAAAGCUCUGUUCCAUACAAUCUCCUUGCCAUCUAACGCCAGGGAUCGCCGCAGAGUUCGAGCCAACAUCACCGGGCUGGCAUUGGAGAUCUCACCGGACCUGGAGAGAAACGACCACAACAUCGUUGAACAGAAGGAAGAGUACUAUAUGCCGCUUUCAUGCAGAGAUCGGUUUAGUACCGGGCUGGGGGAAAGCCCGGCCUGACGUCGACCCUCGACAAAAAGCCACUGGGUACCGGCUACUCUCACACUCUUCGCCCUCUCGAAGCAUAACAUACACAUAUGUGCGGUACGGAGUCUCACACAUCGGCGCCUUGCCACAAGCCUUGCCGGACACCAUCUCACCGGUCAGCCUACCUGGUUACAAGCAAUAUGUCGUACUACCUUGGCACACGACAAGUCGGGGCCAUGUGCGAACUUACUGUACUAUAUGUACAUGACUUCGCCGAUGAUCAUGUCCUGUCACAACGGGUGCAAGCCCUCAGCCCGUUGGGGGCCACCGGCACGUGAAUUAAACGAGCAGCUGGGCCAAGCAACCUUUGCUAGCACUUGAACCACAACAAUCAAGAAAUCCCGUCCCCAGUCAAUCCAAGACCGUGGACACAAGCUCCUGUUCUAGACACCCCGCCACC